AGCCACAUAUGCGUUGUACUUUGGAGACUCAGUCUCAUUUUAUGUGCCCAUGUGUUCCUCUCUCUCUCUCUCUUUCUGGUCUGGGCCACGGACAUUCUCUGGAACUGGUGCGGAAAAUUUCGCAGUAGGAAACAGAACCCAGAUUUCUUUCUGCCUCAACACUCAAGCGCCUUCCCAUUCACCAUUGAUUUGGAGUUUUCAAUUUUUCGAAGUUCCUAGAGACCCAGAAACGAAUUAAGGAAAGGGAAACAGGUAGGCAAUGACGGCGAUUGUGUCAAAGUUGCUCCAUUCACGGUCAUCACUGCCAAGACUCUAUGCAAUGGCUGCGUCAAAACAUGGAAGACUAUUCACGACAGAUUCUAACAAGGUAGAUCAAUCCUUCAAAGUUGAGGGAGCCAAAGUUGAGGAAGCAGAGACAGUAGAUGUGCCGCCACCUCCAACAGAGAAGUUACUUGUGUUGGGAGGAAAUGGAUUUGUCGGGUCACAUGUUUGCAAAGAAGCACUGGAUCGUGGUUUAUCUGUGUCCAGCCUGAGCAGGUCUGGAAGGCCAUCUAUCCAGGAUUCUUGGGCCAAUAGCGUGGUCUGGCAUCAAGGAAAUCUUCUUUCACCUGAUUCAUGGAAGGAUGCUCUGAAUGAAGUGACUGCAGUGGUAUCAUGCGUUGGAGGUUUUGGCUCAAAUUCACAUAUGUAUAAAAUAAAUGGGACAGCAAACAUCAAUGCAAUAAGAGCUGCUGCAGAACAAGGUGUGAAAAGAUUUGUUUAUAUCUCUGCUGCUGACUUUGGUUUGGUGAAUUAUGUGCUGAGAGGAUAUUAUGAAGGGAAGAGAGCUGCCGAAACGGAGUUGUUGACAAGAUUCCCUUAUAGAGGUGUCAUUCUUAGGCCAGGUUUUAUCCAUGGGUCUCGCCAAGUUGGGAGCAUCAAAAUACCUCUAGGAGUUAUCGGUUCUCCAUUGGAGAUGGUUCUUCAACAUGCAAAACCACUCACUCAAGUCCCACUCAUUGGACCGCUUCUUACACCUCCUGUAAGUGUGCUUUCAGUUGCCAAGGUUGCUGUCAGAGCUGCAACGGAUCCUGUGUUCCCUCCUGGCAUCGUAGAUGUUUACGGCAUACAGCGUUAUAGUCAACACAAGUGAGUCUCCUAGAUGUUUUGCCUCUGUUCUUCUGCAUCAAAUAAGAGUAAAGAAAAAUCCCCGGCGAUGGAACUUGCUCCUUUCGGUAUAUAGAGAAAAUUCACUAAUCUUUUCACUAGAUGAUAAAGGCACAUAUUCCUUAGAACCAAUGCUGUAUUCAUUGUUAGCUAGAUUAAAGAUUAUGAGGCUUAAUUUGCUACCUUAGUGAGGCAAUAAAAUCUAUAGCAGCUUGUAUUUC